CAGGAAAUACGUCACAUAUCCGGUGAGCAUCAUGGCGGCUUUGUAAAACGAACAGACCUCGUAUGCGCCUGUAAUUUUAUGGACUAAAGAUGGCCGGCGAGUCUGAUAAGAAAGACUUGGACACCGCAGGCAAGGAGCGGGACGCUCGUAAGCGCAGCCGGUCUCGAUCCAGGGAACGUAAAGGAUCUCCCGGCAGGGAGCGCAAACGUCACCGGUCUCGUGAGCGCAAACGCUCUCGCAGCAGAUCCAAAUCUCCAGACCGGGAUCGUCGUCAAAAAGACAAAGAAAGAGACAGAGAGAAGGACAGAGAUAGAAGCCGCAAAGACAGAGAGAGAGACAGAAGGGAUAAAGACCGGUCCAGGAAAUCCAGGAGCACUUCUCCUAAAUCCAGGGAUUUAAAACUAAAGAGAGAAAAAGAUUUGAAAAAAGAGGAAGAUGAAGAUGAUGAGAAGAAAAAAGAGAAGGUGCAACCUCUCUCCCUUGAAGAGCUUCUAGCCAAGAAGAAAGCAGAGGAGGAGGCAGAAUCUAAGCCCAAAUUCCUGUCUAAAGCAGAGCGUGAAGCUGAAGCUAUCAAGCGAAGGGAACAAGCGAUGGAGGAACGGCGCAGACAGGUGGAGGAGGAGAGGAAAAAACGACGAGUAUUUCAGGACAUCGGGAGAAAGAUGUUAGAGGAUCCUCAAGAGCGAGAGCGGCGAGAAAGGCGAGAGCGGAUGGAGAGAGAGAACAAUGGAAAUGAAGAAGAUGAUGGACGACAGAAGAUCAGAGAGGAAAAAGACAAAGUAAAGGAACUGCAUGCCAUAAAGGAGCGCUAUCUCGGUGGGAUAAAGAAACGUCGGCGCACACGCCAUCUGAACGACCGAAAGUUUGUCUUUGAGUGGGACGCAUCUGAAGACACUUCACUCGACUACAACCCAAUAUAUAAAGAGAAGCAUCAGGUUCAUCUCUACGGUCGCGGUUUCAUCGCUGGUAUCGAUCUCAAACAGCAGAAGAGAGAUCAGUCCCGUUUCUAUGGAGACCUGAUGGAGAAGAGACGGACCCUUGAGGAGAAAGAGCAGGAGGAGGUGCGCCUGAAGAAGGUGCGUAAGAAGGAAGCCAAACAGCGUUGGGACGACCGGCACUGGUCUCAGAAGAAGCUGGAUGAGAUGACAGACAGAGACUGGAGAAUCUUCAGAGAAGACUACAGCAUCACAACCAAAGGAGGGAAGAUCCCCAACCCCAUCCGCAACUGGAAGGAGUAUUCACUGCCGCCACACAUUCUCGAGGUCAUCGAGAAAUGUGGUUAUAAGGAUCCAACUCCUAUCCAGAGGCAGGCAAUUCCUAUUGGUUUACAGAACCGUGACAUCAUCGGUGUGGCUGAGACUGGUAGCGGUAAAACCGCAGCCUUCCUUAUUCCUCUAUUGGUCUGGAUCACCACUCUCCCUAAGAUUGACAGAAUUGAGGACUCUGAUCAGGGACCGUAUGCCGUAAUUCUGGCCCCAACUCGUGAGCUGGCACAGCAGAUCGAAGAAGAGACCAUUAAAUUUGGCAAACCGUUGGGAAUCAGGACUGUAGCUGUGAUUGGUGGAAUAUCCAGAGAAGAUCAAGGGUUCAAACUCAGAAUGGGAUGUGAGAUUGUCAUAGCCACACCUGGUCGUUUGAUUGACGUGUUGGAGAACCGAUACCUCGUUCUGAGCAGGUGCACGUAUGUGGUACUGGAUGAAGCUGACAGAAUGAUUGACAUGGGUUUUGAACCCGAUGUACAGAAGAUUCUUGAAUACAUUCCUGUGACAAAUCAAAAGCCAGACACAGAUGACGCGGAGGACCCAGAAAAAAUGAUGCAGAACUUUGAGUUAGGCAAACACAAAUACAGACAGACGGUCAUGUUUACGGCCACUAUGCCACCAGCUGUGGAGCGUUUGGCGAGAAGUUACCUGCGGCGUCCAGCAGUCGUGUACAUCGGCUCUGCAGGCAAACCUCACGAGAGGGUUGAACAGAAGGUCAUCCUCAUGUCCGAGGGUGAAAAGAGGAAGAAGCUGUUGGAAGUUUUGAACAGUGGCUUCGAGCCGCCCAUCAUCAUCUUCGUUAACCAAAAGAAGGGUUGUGACGUUCUGGCCAAGUCUCUGGAGAAGAUGGGAUACAAUGCUUGUACACUUCACGGUGGUAAAGGUCAGGAACAGAGAGAGUUUGCACUGUCUAACCUGAAAGCCGGAGCUAAAGACAUCCUGGUGGCCACAGACGUGGCAGGUAGAGGUAUCGACAUCCACGACGUCUCCAUGGUCCUCAAUUAUGACAUGGCCAAGAACAUUGAAGACUAUAUCCAUCGUAUUGGCCGAACGGGUCGUGCUGGUAAGAGUGGUGUAGCCAUGACCUUCCUGACCAAAGAGGACUCGACCGUCUUCUACGAUCUCAAACAGGCCAUCCUAGAAAGCCCUGUGUCCAACUGCCCGCCCGAGCUGGCCAACCAUCCCGAUGCCCAACACAAACCUGGCACCAUCCUUACCAAGAAGAGAAGAGAGGAGACCAUCUUUGCUUAAGACCAAACCGCUAGCUACUCAUUGCACUCAUUCAGUGUCAAUGUUUUCUUUUUAAUAUUUUAUUCCUUUUCCCAUUUUCUCUGUGUUCAUCUACUGGUUCUGCUUUCUUCAAUUAAAUGUGAUCAGAUAUUGAAGGAAUUUUUAGAUAAAUAGAAAAACAUGCUACAGAUAGCCUCUGUCACACCACCCCAUGAUUGAUAGUUAGAAGCAUAAGCAUAUAAAGGCACAAUCACCUGCUUUUUACAUUUCGUCGUGUUGGGACCUUAAAUUGUGGAAAAAUACCAUUAUGUCAAUAUGAAUGCAUAUAUACGUAUUGUUUUCGAAAGACAAACUUAACCAUUCUGUGGGUUUGAAAAUAAAGACCUUUUGACAAAG